AUGGGAAAUGAACAAUCUGCAGGAAAUGCUACCAGUACAUCAGUAUCUCCUAAAACACCAGUCUAUCAUCCGAAUAUUACGGUAGUUAAUUCUGGUCCGAUUGCUGGAAGUGGUUCUGGUACAACAGCAUCGAAUACAUCUAUAUCAGACGAUACUGAUUUAAAUAAAUUAGCAGCUAUUCCAAAAUUUUUACCAAUUCUUCGAUCUUCAAUUAAUCAACAGAAUGAUCCAGUACAAAUUCCACAUCUUGAAAAUCGAUCGCUUUUACAACUAUCUAUGCGUUUACAAACUCAUUUUCGUUCUUGUGCUGAAGUUAUUCAAACUGAACAAAUACAAUUGAUAAGUCGAAUGAAAGAAGUUGAUACACGUUCAAAUGCUGUUCAACAACGUAUGAUUGAUAAACAAAAACGUUUUACUAAUUAUUGUGAACAUUCAAAAAAACUGCGUGAUGUGGCUACAUCAUUAAAACGACUUGAUCAAUCAUUAACUACUUUAGCCGAACGAAUGCGUGUAAUUAAUUUAUGUUUACCAUCUGAUGAUCAAUUACCAUCACUAUCUUUUCGCAAUCAAUCAUCUACUCCUUCUUCUUGA